AUAAACAAAGCUGCAGUUUUGCAACUUAGUCACAAGUUUCGGGUGAACGAAUGUGAAAUAAGGAACUUCACUUGUAUCGAACCCAAUUCUAUUUUUAGGUUUCUUUGUGCAUAUAAGAACCAGUGUGACUACAGCAGAGCUGCCUCUGUGUCCUGCCACUGUCCCGUCGAAAUCAGAUUUUACAUUUGAACAUAAAAAAGGUUUUCAGCAGAUUUGCAACUUAAAGUCUGUGUCAAAUCUGAGGUUAAGGCGUCUACUGUGGCAGAGUAAGUGUUUUACCUACUUUCUUGGCAUUUUACUAAAAAUUGCGAUACUAUCAAAUUCUAUCAAAUUCAGAAAUUCUUGUAGAAAUGCAAACAUCUGCAAAAAACAAGGUGAAGAGUGGCGUCACGCGCUACAGCGAUUGGAUGUCGGAACUGCCACCUGCGCUUCACGACAUUCCUCUGUUUAAUCUGGCCAUACCAGGCAGCCAUGACUCAAUGAGCUAUGAUCUGGACAUCAGCUCCCCCAUUGCUGAGCCUGAAAGUCUUAAGAGGUUCAGCUGGGUUUGUUGUGUCCCUUGCUUACUGCUCAAGUGGGGAGCCACUCAGGAAGAGACCAUCAUAAAGCAACUAGAUGCAGGAGUUCGGUACUUUGACCUGAGGGUUGCUCGCAAGCCUGACGACGCCAACCCCACCAGGCUUUACUUUUAUCAUGGGCUGUACACACGGACUGAUGUGGAGAGUAUUCUGAAGGUCAUUAAUGACUGGGCAGAGAGACACCCCAAAGAGGUCAUCAUCCUGGCUUUAUCCCACUUCCUUGGCUUCGAUGAAAAUCCUAAAGAACUCCACAACCAUCUUGUGAACUUCAUUAAGAAUUUGUUUGGGACCAAAGUCGUCCAACGUGAGGUCACACCUACCCUGAGAAGCUGCUGGGACCAAGGCACAAAUGUUAUCAUUUCAUAUGAUUAUAAAGGAGAAUAUCCUCCUCAUUUGUGGAGUAAAAUACGUUAUUACUACGGGAACAGUAUGGAUUGUACAGAAAUUGAAUCUAAACUGAGUCAAACUUUGAAAAUCAGAAAUCAUCUUUCAUCAAACGGUUUCUUUGUUUGUGGCCUCAACCUGACGCUGCCAGAAAAUAUCUGGAUAUUGAAGUACAUCCUUCGCCCGUGUGACAACUUUGUCAGUGCUGUGCGGAGUAGCCUCCCGAAACUGCUGUCAUGGCUAGAACAGCAGACCAGCGAGAAACCCAACAUCGUCGCCUCAGACCUGGCAACCAAUGAAGACUUUAUCUCAACAGUCAUCCAACUCAAUGAUACAGCUUAAUGACUAGAUAAAGCAUUUCCAUCAGAAAAUGCACAGUGAAUGCUUCCAUGAUGAAUGUAUUCCUGAAGAAUUGCUGAAGUAGCUGAAACAUUUAAAACAGAUGCAAAUAGCUCAAGCAUGUAAAGCACAGAUGAAUAUAUCUGAAGAGAAUUAGAAAUUGUUUAAACAGUGCUGAAAAUUUGCAGUAGAAGCUGAAGUAGUUUUUAUUUCAAAUGGAGGAAACUUGAAAGAGACUUGCUGAAAUUAAAGAACUGCUGAAAAUCAA